AUGCUGAGAGUCAAGGGCGAAUUCGAUGCGCACUGGGAGACCAUCAAAGGCCAUGUCCAUUCGGGUUGUCGUGUUCAGGAGAUGAAUGCUUUUACUGCGAGGAAGUGGGCCAAGGAAUCCGAGGAGUUUAAGAACGAGCUACGGGAGUUCCUCGAGAGGAAGUAUGCCGAGGAGCUGGAGGCUUGGAAAAAACGAGAGGAAUGGACCCUAGAUGCGAGUGGCUAUAAAAUGGCUUGGAAGAAGGCCAACAAAAUCUUGCCGAUGAUAUCCCACUCUAUCUCGAAGAUGUUUGGCGCGGGAUGUACAAUCCUGAUCUACGGCCCAUGUGGUGACGGAACAACGACUGUGAGCAGUGUCUUCUCCAUCAUUCCCGACGCAACGACCAGUAAAGAUGUCAAAGAGUUUGAUGAAGCGGCAUACAAUGUGACACAUUCCCUUUGCCUAAAAUAUGCCAAUUCCGCUUUUUCAUCCGAAUACAUCAAAACACGUAUUGUGAAUGAUCUUGAAGUCGAUGGCAACGUCGAGUCGGAGGUUGAGAAAACGGCAGAUUCCACCAUCCAGGGUAACGGUCCGGAUUUGCCCUCUGCCCUGGGUGCCAAAUCUAGUACCGAGUCCUCCGCCGAGCCGCCCACUGUUGCUGCUGCGGCGAUACUGCCAUCCACACCACCGCCAUCCAAUACACCACUUUCCUCGGGGGUCAACCCUCAUCUUGACACCACUGUCACCACAGCACCAUUGUUAUCCUCAUCACUUAACAACCCCAAUCCAUUGCCAGCAUCGUUGUCCGCCUCGCAGACCAUUGGUGGUCUUGCCGAUCAUGCAUUGACUGCUUCUGCACGCCCUUCUUCCUUACCACCCUCACCACUUAACAACCCCAAUCCAUUGCCAGCAUCGUUGUCCGCCUUGCAGACCAUUGGUGGUCUUACUAAACAUGCAUUGACUGCUUCUGCGCACCGUUCUUCCUUACCUGAUGGCAGCCUUUUGGUUCCAAAUCGCCCAGUAGCUUCGACAUUCAACCUCUUGACUCAAGAAUCUUUCAUGAAUCCUUACAGCGACCCGCUAUCCAAUGCUAGUCAGAUGAAUCUGAAUCCUCAUUAUAAUGAUCCUGAGAAGAUGAUGAUGGGUCUGGACAUGAAUUCGAGCAGCUGGGAGAAUGAUUGGCCAUCAUUUGGUCAUCAAGAUAACAUGUCAUCCGAUAAUGCCCCUGUGUUUGACACUAAUGGAUCGUUAGUCUCCUCCAACAACCCAGCAGUCAACUCGGAUUUGUUCGACUUAGAUCCUACUGGAAGUCACAUGUUAUCAGGCAACUCCGAUGCUAACCUGGUUCCAAUGCCGGGACAACAUGCGUACCCCACUGCAACCCAAUGGCCCGCCUUGGCUGAAAUACCCCAACAAAUUCAACCCGACAUUUCAAAGCCUGUCGGUGAAGGAAAAGAGAACACCCUCAAGAGAAAACGAGAUGAUCACAAAAAAAUGGUCAGGACUGGCGAAGAAAUUGAUGGAGUAAAUGAGGCCGGAGAUCAAGGGAGGGAGGAAGUAAGCACUGGUAGGAAGAAACGUAAUGUGAAGGCGCCCGAAUGCGAACCAAAGAUGAUUACUGGAGAAGAUACUCAAACACGGGCUAAGAAGAAGGCUGCGACAAAGGGGAAGAAGUCCACGGCCAACAGGAAGGCGAACGCAGGUGGCAGGGCGAACGCAAGUGCUGUUAACAGUACCCAACCAUCGUCUAGCACUUAG